AUGGCAGAAGUUAUCGGCAUAAUUUCCGGCGUCAUAGCAAUUGUCAACUUGGCGAAACCCACUGCCAAAUUUGUUGGAGCGCUGUAUAAAAUCGCCAAAGAUGACGGCUCUAGGGAACACGAGAUCCUAUCUGUUGCGGAGCAUAUCGAGUCUGCAUAUGAGACCAUUGAACUCGCACGAUUACGGCUCAAAGACAACUGUGACAGGAUCAAAGCAAUGGAGUACCCAACUUCAAGAGUUGCCAAGUACAUUAAGAGAGGCAACCUAAAAGCAUCAAUUCGGAAACUCACAGAACAUUUCGAGUGGCAGUUAACAAAGGCGGAGAAGGGAGUGAUUGAAUCCAUGUCCAGCAACUUCAGGCUGGUGAACGGCAUGAAAUGGUACCUUUGGAUCAACACAGAAAUGACGACGAUUUUCACCACGUUGGAUAGGAUCGUUAUGUAUCUCUCCAUUAUGGGCCCCAUUCUAGAACUUGAGAUCACUACCUACCUCCUAGACCGUGCAGAAGGAGAGACGGCUGAUUUACUGAGAGUACACGUUCACUCCCUAAGAGAUCAGCUUGAACAUGCUGAAAGGACCCUUAACAAAGUGGUCCGUAGUAAGCGAUUGCAGAAGAACCAUGGGGAAGAUUUCGUUGCAGAAUUCGAAGAUUGCGCAACGCUCCUUGUCGGUCUGUCAGAAAGCAUGCGCCGAACUGGAACUGUCCCCAGUCACAAUAGGGAACGGAAGCAUGGCGAACGGAGAAGACGACGAAGACAUGCAUCGAGUCAAUCAUCAAGCAGCAGAGAUUCUCGCUCAAUAUCAACAUCUGGAUCAACGUCGACAUCUGGGUCAUCGCAGCAGGCCCCCACUACCACCGACUGCUCAUCGGUCGAGACAGCACCUAUGUUCACUUCAUAUCGUGUAUCUGAUACACACCAUGCACCGCCGACGCCACACAUACACAUACAGCCAUCUGUGCAGUCGCGACAGACCCCUCAGACGCCCCAUAUGACCCAGAUUGCCCAUACACCAGAUUCAUCGACCCAGACUUCUACGAAUGAUAGGUCUACAGAUGUCGGACGACAAAUCGAAGGAGGAUGGAUAAGAGUAUUCGGGAAAUCAGAUGCACCACCUCUUAAGAUUAACGCAACCAUCGAUCCCCGCGUGUUCGGCAACUAUAUCCAAUAUCCAACAGCCCAGCAACUUAAUCUGGAGAUAGAGGAAUUGAAUCAACAUGAUGUUCAUCACCCAUCACGAUCAAGAGAAAUCAACAACCGUGUGGGCCGUGUUAUGGGAAAGGUUUUGGGUAUAGAAUGGCGAGAAACGAGGCACUCGAAGCCUAUCAUGGUCGACUUUUGGGUUACAGACAGGUAUUUCAGCAGCAUGACUGGAAAACUGAUAUUUGGGAAUGAGUUUGCAAAGAGGCUUCACAGAAGUACCGAGAUCGAGGGAUAA